CUCCACCAUCUCAGUGUAGGCUUCUAUCCUUGACACAUCUUAACUAAUGUAUCAACUGCUCUCAUCAUCCCAAUAUUUUGAACAAAUAAGUAGUCGAAAAUUGAGAAGAAAACACCAAAACUGUACUUAUUUCAUGGUUAGUUUUUCUCUGAGGUUGUGGAGAAGAACAAAACUCCACCAAAAUCAUCCACCUGAGCUACAAAUCUUCUCCACCAUCUCAAAAUCAUAUGAGCGUAAUACGCUUCUCGUUGUUCGAAAAUGGGAGAAUUUCGCUAAAAGGCAGGCUUCCACUCGAGAACAACUAUAUUUUCUCCAUGAGUGUCUUCGCCAGCAUGUUCUACCAACAAGUGUAAGAUAUAGACCUCCAAUCAACUGCCCAUUAGGAUGGAAAAUAGCUGAGCAAAGUGGAAGAAAAAUGGUACACCUAAUGAUAACGGAUGCACACUACAGAAUCCGCAAAUACCAACACGUCAUAGAGGACCAAAAGAUGAAACUACAAAGGACACUUACUUCAGAACACUUGGAAAUCUUGACAACAGCCAUCGAGAUAUCAUGCAAACGACAUAGAGAACAAAGAAGAAACGCCUUAAAGAAAAAACUAAUCAAGAUCUCAAAACCACCCAUGGAAGAAAACACAAACAACUGCGUGAUCAAUCUGUCAAAACAACCACUAACAAAUACGGAAGAACACCUGCUCCAAAAAGGAUUAAACUACAAUACAAGCGACGCCUCAAAGCUGGAGUUCUUCGCAGCACUAGAGUCAUCACUCAAAACUUCCGGAAUCAGUGAAGAAACACAACAGGAAAUAAGGCAAACUAUAGUACCGAUAACUCAACAGGUGAAAGAAAACAACCAACUGACUCCACAAGAACAAAAGGCCUUGAAAGAACUCAGAAAUAGAAAGGAUAUUGUCAUAAUACCAGCGGACAAAGGACGCACCACAGUAAUCAUGGACAAAGAAGAAUACGUCAACAAAGCCGAAGAACUACUCGAAGAUAAGAGCACAUACAAACUGAUGGACACAAAUCCCGUCAAAAAAUUAGACAAAGACUUUAAACAAGCUAGUCAAAGCAGGAGAAAUAACAAAACAAGACCAAUGGAGAAUGAAAUCCAGUGGACCAGUACUCCCUCGAUUCUACGGCAGACCCAAAAUACACAAACCAAACAUUCCACUACGUCCAAAAGUAGCACUCCCCGGAACACCAACGUACAAUUUGUCAAAAGAAAUUUCACGAAUACUGAGACAUCUAGUAGAUUCAGCCAAACACUCCAUCAAAUCCCCAACACAAUUCCUGGACCAAAUUAAGGACAUCCAAAUCAACAACGACGAACUGAUGAUAUCCUUCGACGUGACAGCACUAUUCACCUCAAUUGAACCAAAAUUAGCAAAAGAAACUAUAUCCCUGCUGCUCAACAACGACACAAACCUCACCAAAUACACGAAGCUUCAAAUUCAAAGUCUACAGGAACUCAUCAAUUUAUGCCUAACAACAUACUUUCAAUUCAACAACAAAAUCUACGAACAAACGAAAGGGACACCAAUGGGAUCACCAAUAUCAGGAUUGAUCGCAGAGGCAGUGAUGCAAAGACUAGAAGCCGCGAUAUUACCAGUGAUCAAACCAAAAAUUUGGAUUCGCUAUGUAGACGACACCUUCGUCAUCGUCAAAAAGAAUGAACUAGAAAACACUUACAACCUGAUCAACAACGUCUUCGAUGACAUCAAGUUCACCAUGGAACAGGAGUCAAACAACCAACUAGCAUUCUUGGAUGUAUUGAUCACUAGAACCGACACAGGAAAACUGGAAACUCAGGUAUAUAGGAAACCGACCCAUACGGAUCAAAUUCUCAACUACAAUAGCAACAACCCCAGAGCUCACAAAAUCAACUGCGUACACAAUUUGUUCAAGAGGGCGAGGACACACUGCAGCACACUGGCAGCACGAAGAAAUGAAGAGAAAUACCUAAAGGAUGUAUUUCAGAAGAACGGCUACCCCAUCAACUUCAUCAAAAAAUACCAACCGCACGCAGCAUUAGAACUCAAGUCAAGCACAAAAAUCAACAAAAGGAUCACCCUACCAUAUAUACAAGGAAUAUCAGAAACAGCGACGAGACUGCUGAAAACCUUCGGAAUAGGUGUGGCACACAAACCGACAAAAUCACUACAAUCAAUCUUAUGCAAACCAAAAGAUGAAAUAACAAAGGAAAACAAAUCAAACAUCAUCUACAAAAUAAAUUGUGCCAACUGCGAAAAACACUACAUCGGACAAAGCGGACGCCCCCUUCACCUUCGCCUACAUGAACAUCAAUUAGCAGUCAAACGGCAUGAUAUCUCUUCACUUAUAUCAAUACACGUGGACAACUGCGGACACUCAUUCGAUUGGAAAAAUGUGGAAAUCUUAGACAGAGGAAACUCCAAAAACACCAGAGAAUUUUUAGAAGCCUGGCACUCAGGUCAAUUAGCAAUCAACAAGCAUAUUGAAAUCAAUCCAAUUUAUCAACCAAUCAGAAAAAUCAUGCACAAACAUAAAAACAAAAAUCAAAACAAUGGGAGACACAACCAAAACAAAGAAGUAAACAAUGACAAAUUUAAGGUCAAUAAGAACCAAUCAACGUCGAGGUGCACAGAACAAGCUUUGAGACACAUAUGGAGAAAUUCAAACACUUCACUUCUAUCUGAAGUUUGUGCUGAUGAUGUCGUUCAGAAGAACGAUGAAAGCUCCACGACCAAACCAUCCAGCUCAGAGAACAAAACUCCACCAAAAU